AGUCUCUCGUCAGUCGGUGCGGCUGCCAGGAGGUGGCAGGAUGGUCAACGGGAAGCCGCAGCAAGGAGGUGCCGAUGGCGACGAAGCGUCCACUUCAGCUCCGGACCCCAAGAAGAAGGGGAAGCCGGCGCGGGCUUCGGGCUCGCUCUCGCAGCUGAUCCUCCAGGCCUUCGAGGCCUGCCACCCGCGGAAGAGCUUGUCCCUGGCCGCCCUCAAGAAGUUCGUCUCCGAAGCCGGCUACAACGUCAGCAAGAACAACAGCCGCCUCAAGAGGGAGCUGCGCCAGUUGGUGUCCAACGGUCUCUUGCUGCGCGUGACCGGCACCGGCGCCUCGGGCUCCUUCAGGGCAGGCGGGCCACGGGCCAAGAAGACCGGCGGCGGCGGCAACAAGCAGAGGAAGAAGGCGAGGAAGAAGCAGCCGGCGGUGAACAAGCCCAAAGGCCUCCGGGGCAGGCCUUCGGGUGCCGCUCCUGCCAGGAGGCGUCAGCUCAACAAGCGCCCAGCAAGCAGGCAGAGGGCACGUUAAACAAAAUCACCUCGCGUUGACACAUUUGAAAAGAAAACAACGGCUCUUUUAAGAGCCACCACCUAAGAGUCUCUGGAAGAGCUGGCCCAUCCAUACACCUCAGAAUUAAACGCCGACAAAGGCAUCAUCUGA